AUGUACGAAUUCUUCAAGGGUGCCGAAUUCUUCAACUUCGAGCUCACGCGCAUCUUGAGCGCAUCGCCAUAUGGAGGCUGCGAUGUCGCAGAAUUUCUCGAUGCUCUGGACACCAUCAAACCCAAUCAUGCACAGAGCUGGCAACAAGCCUGGACGAAACAAGCCGAGAAGGUGGAAAGAUUAGCCAACGAUGCGCUGUCCACGGGUCACACGAAGCUCGCGCGCGGUGCGUUUCUACGAGCGUCGAACUACUUCCGUGCAAGCCAGUAUAUGCUCUUCGAGCGCGAGCUAUCUCUGAGAAUACUCGAGCGUAGCAUUGCUAAUUUCCAACUUGCAAUGGGGAUGUUUGACUACCCUGUGGAAUCUGUUGAGAUAGCGCAUGAUGGACUGAUGUUGCCGGGAAUGCUAUAUCUUCCCAAUCAGAAACAACGCGUGUCUGAGAAGGUUCCACUGAUUAUUGUCUGCGGCGGCGCAGACUCGACAAAGGAGGAAUUGCACUUUCUGAUUGGGGCAUCGGGGCCAUCAAACGGAUACGCGAUGCUCCUCUUCGACGGUCCUGGCCAAGGGAUUAGUCUGUUGCGGGACAAGACGGUGCAGCGGCCAGAUUGGGAGGCUGUUAUCGAAAGCGUUUUGGACUAUAUAGUUGCAUUUGCGGACGCACACCCAAGCGUUGCACUGGACAUGGACCGGAUUGCAAUUACCGGCGCGUCGAUGGGGGGGUACUAUGCACUCCGCGGUGCAACAGAUAUCCGUAUUAAGGCGUGCGUGGCUAUCGAUGCGUUUUAUGAUCUCUUUGAUCUCGUCAUGGUGCGGCAGCCGAAAAUGUUCAUGGCCCUUUGGCUCGGAGGCUGGAUCCCUGACCGCGUCAUCGACACACUUACGCAGCUACAAGGGCGCCUUGACUUCCAGAGCAAAUGGGAAGUGUGGUGUUCGUCGACUAUCUUAGGCACAGAAAAGCCGUCGGACUUGAUGAGAAAGACGAAAGAAUUCACACUGAGGCUGCCGGACGGCAGCGAGCUUCUGGAUGCUGUGACAUGUCCAGUCUUAGUAUCUGGCGCGGCACACAGCUUGUAUUUCAAGCCAGAGUUGUCAUGCGGAAAGAUCGUCGAGUGUCUGCACAAUAUUGAGGAGUGCAAAAAGGAGGUUUGGGUGCCCGAGGAGCCUGCGGAUGGAGGAUUACAAGCCAAAGUCGGGGCAUGGGCAUUGAUGCAAUAUCGCACGUUCAAGUUUCUCGAUAAACAUUUUGAUAUCGACAGGUGUGAAGUGUCGCGAUGA